AACGCCAGAAGAUGGCGACACAGCAGAGCUGGCAGCUGGGUCCGGCCCCAGCGGCCCUGAGCCCAGCACAGUUAGAGAUGCUGCGCGACUUCAAGAUCCAGACUCGGAUUGCUAACGAACAGUACCUAAGGACCCACAAAGAAGUGGAGUUGCUCAUAAGUGGCUUCUUCAGAGAAAUAUAUCUGAAAAGACCAGACAACAUCCUGGAAUUUGCUGCGGACUAUUUCACGGAUCCAAGGCUUCCCAACAAGAUUCACAUGCAGCUAAUUAAGGAGAAGAAAGCAGCUUAAUUAGCAGAAUCAUGAUGCUCAGCUGUGGACGGAGCCCAGCCAGACUGCAGCCUUGGGGGUCACCUGGAAACCAGAGAGCCCUGUUACCCUCAGUAUGGAUUCCAAGCCACUUUUCACUCCACCUACCUUUGCAAAAGCUCUUAGAUAUUCUCAUUAAAGGAAAAGAAAAAGGC